UCUUUGGAUGUAAAUAAAACCACGAGUUCGCGUUAGGAGACUGAAAGAUAAAUAAAAAUAAUGGCCAGGAAACGAAAAAUCCCAGUGCGCAAGCACCACGGUAUUCGGGAUCCUCUCAAGCAGCAGGAACAGCGGGAAAAGAAGCUCUCCAAGGUGACGAACAAUCCUCCAGAAAGGAAGGACGAACAGCAGGUCUCGUUCAAAUUCCGACAGUUCAAGCAGCUGGCCGAUGCUACAAAGACGGGCAAAAAGGUCAAGCUGGGUGCCAUUGGGAAGGAGGACAAGCCCAAGUCCCUGCAGACUGGAUCGAAGAAGAGUAGCAGUGCUGUGGCCACGAAGGAGACGAGGAAUAUCAAACAGUUCGCCAACGAGACGGAUGAGGAUUAUCUGCGACGUGUGAAUCGCAUUACCAAUGCCUCGGUGCGGGAGGCCCAAUACGAGGCCAAGUACGGUGUCAAUGUGCUACGCGAUCCCAAGACUGGAGAGAUAACCAUUCAGAAGAGGCCCAAAAAUGAGAUUGACGAACUGCUGAAGCAAAAACAAAAGGAGCGGCGCGCUGGUAAAGGUGGUCGCAAGGGCAAGCAGGUGCCCAAAGCCACCAUGGAUGCGAAAACAAGCAGGGAGCUGAUCAAACGAGCCUACAAGGAGGCCAAGGAGGAGGUCGAUUCCGAAGACGAGCAGAAUGCCCCGCCCACGGAGUACAAACGGGAUACAUUCGCCUUUGGCGAGAUCGUUCAUGCUCCGCCAUCGCUAAAGACUCUGCCACGCAAAGCUCCACAAAACGAGACAGUUCCUCGACCCGGACGCAAGUCUAAUCUCUUGCUGAAAUCAUUGCUGGACACGGCGAAAACUCUAGAUUCCAACGAUGCGGAUGCCGAGGGCAGUAAGCGAAGUGGAUUCCCGGGCAAGGCGAAAACCACACCCUUCAAAACUCCCACCAAGGCCCAGAUGAAGGGCAAACGCAAGGAUCUUCCAGCGGCUACACGUUCCAUGCUUGAAACCGAGCGAAAUAAGAUGGUUUUAUUGUACCGCCAGCUGAAGAACCAAGCAGCCGCAGAUCCCUAAGAUAGAUAUGACUAAAGACUUUUCUAUAGAUGGU